AUGGACGUAAAGAAAACUAAAAAGAAACCUGAAUUAAGUGAGCAGUUAUUCGUUGGGAAUUACGUUGAUGUUUAUCAUCAAGGAAGCAAACAAUUUAAGUUAGCAUACAUUUUGUAGAAAACAGAUAAGGAAAUUGAAGUCACAUAUGAUGGAUUAUCAAAAAAAGAAAAUGAGGUAUAUUUAUGUGUCUAAAUUUUGUUUAGAUAAUUAAAUUAUCAUAAAAUCGAGUAUAAUUUGCAAGAAGAUCUACUUAAAGUAAAUAAUCAUUUAAAUAAAGAUUACACGGGUGAUGAUUAUAGACAAUAAAAAACAUCUCGUGAUUAUUUAAAGUAUUCACGAGAAGAUUGUGAGAAAUAUACAAAGGAAUUAAUAACAAUAAUGUAGACUAAUUUUUAGGGAAUGACACCAAUUGAUAUUAUUUAAAGUGUGCGAGUUAGAUAGUUUAUUUAUUUGGACAUGGUGCUUUCAAGUGAAUUAUAGGCAAAGGAGAUUCCAAUUGCAUUAGAAUACAUUAAAACCUAUUAUAAUUUUAUUAAAUGGUACUUUGAUUAAUUUCCAAAAUACUUUGCAGAUGUAAAUCAAUCAUUUAAAAUAGUAUAUGAAAUAUUAGAUUAAUAAUGAACUCUAUAUAAUAGAUGAACGAGUUUCUAUAGCAAGUUGCCUUUAAGAAGUAUGUGAAGCCUUUUGUAUGUUAUUUGGAUCUAUAUGGAGAUUACUAAAAUAAGAGAACUCUUUUUUUUUUGUAAAUCUAUUUUACUACAUUAGUUAAAUUUUGACAUAUUAUAAUAACAUCUAGACAAAAUUUUCACAACUCCAAAUUAUCAAGGAUUUGUAACUAACCCAAAUAUUGAUGAUUGGAAACUCUAUUAAGGUGCAAAUGAUGUUAUUAAAUGCAUUAAAAAAACAUGGUAAUUUUAUUUAAGGACAAUGUCAUAUUUUCGAUCUAUAGGAGGUCUAUAAAGUUGGGAUAAUUUAUUGAAACCAUAUGAAGGAGGAGGAGAAUAUACUUAUAUUCCUCUUAAAGCUAUGUCAAAAAUAGUAUUAACAUAAUAAUACUUAUCUCAAUAUUUCCCAUAAUAAGAAUAAGGCAAUAUGGCUAGAAAAACUUUAGAAUGGUAUUAGUUUAGAGUAGCAAACUUGACAAUUUAAGAUAUCAAAGAUACUGAUAUUGAUUAAAUAAGAGAAAAUACAUAAGAGAUGCAAUAUUAUUUUUUAAAAGGAUAUUCAUAAGAUUAAUUAAAUAAAUUAGUAGAUGAAAUUCAAUUAUAAAUGUCAUUGAAAUUUUUGAAAUCUACUUUCCUUGAAAAAAGAGUCAAGGGUUUAUGUGAGAUUAAAGAUUUUACUGAAAAGUUCAAAUUUGAAACAAGUAGCUAAAUAAAAAUGAAAACAUCUAUAAGUAAAGAUGAUUUAAUAAAAUGGAUAACAUAGAAUAAGAUCCUAGAUUAUACAGUUCUGGGUGAUUCGGUACAUCCAGAAUUAAUAAAGAGAUCUAGUGAUGUGGCUAUUUUCUUAUGUAGAAAUCAAGCAUUUUAACAUGAUUAUGUAGAUAAAAUAUGGCUAAAUAAUUAUGAUAAACAUGAGACAACAUAAUUAGCAUUAUAUGAAUUUUUCAAAGCAAUUUCACCAGUUCUCCAAUUUUAAGGGAUUGAAAAGUUAUAUAUUCAUAUUUCGAAUAUCCCAUAUACAAAGUAUAAUGAAAAUAUUGUGAGCAUGAUUAGAACAUUUACAGAAGCAGCUUUAUCAUAGAAAUUUCAUGAGUAAUAAUUACAAUUAAAACCUGAUAAAAGAUUCAUGACAUUUAAUUAAUUAUGGGAAUUAUUAUAAGAUAGAGAUGAUUCAUUAGUAGGUAGUCAUAUAUAAGAAUAAUGUUUUUAAGCAGCUCGUAUGAUUAUUUCACAAAUUCCAUAAACAAAAUAAUUCAUAUCUUAAUAUUUUGGAAAAUGUUUUGAAUUGAUUGGAAGUCAUAAAUCUGUUUAUUAGGCUAUUAGUUUUGUUCAUUACUUUCUCGAUAAACAAUUUAAGGAUGACAAAGGCAAAAAGGAAUUAAUUUAAUCUACAGAUGAAAAAUACAAUAUUAUUGAAUUAUUUGUAAAAGACAUUGAAGUAUAUAUGGAGAAAGUAAGAUAAUAUUUCAAAAAUGAUAUAACAUAAGAUAUCAUUAUUAAUGGUGUUUAGAAAUUCAGUUAGAAUGUAUUUUUUAGAUUAUAAAUGUUGAAUUACUUACUUUAAUAAACUGAAUUAAAAAUUAAUUAUGAACAAAGUGUCAGAUUAUGGGAUGCUUUGGCUGCUAAAACUAAAGGAAGUAUAUAAAAGAGAGAAUUAAAUAAAAUCCUUAUUAGUAAUUAUUAUCCAGAUAUAUCUUCAUUUAGAAUUAAUUAAAUAUAUUUUGAUAAAGAAGGAGAAUCUAAAUUUUUCACUUAAAUUCUAUGCAAUCCUGAAAGGAAUGAUUAUGAAAAGUAAAAUAUUUUUAUCAAUAAUUUAGUUAUACAAUCGAAGAUUUCGAAUUAUUUUAAGUAUUUUUCAAAUCCUUCAAUCAAACUAGACAGAUGUUGAAAUAUUAUGGAAAUUCCAUGCGUUUUAUAGUGAAUGAUCAUAGUUUUGAAGGCAAAAAUGCUAUUUGGCAAAUAUUUGCUAAAGUUAAGGAUCUUGUAUUACUUGAACAAAUUGCCAAUUUUAUACUUAAUCUUUAUACAUAACUCAAUUAAUAAUUAGAUACUAAAUGUGAUAAAAUAUAUUAGGAAAUGAUGGAUAAAUGUUUAGAAUUAAUAUAAUAAUAAUGUCCUGGUUUAACUACAAGAUCAAUCAAUCUAUUAUUAUCUUUAUUCAAUUACUUUUAGAGUGGUCCACCUUCUAAGAAAUCAUUAAAAUCAACCAAUUAUACAUCAUUUAAAGUUCAUAUCAUAAACACUAAUAAUUAAAUAACUAAUAAAGAAUAUAAAGAAGGAGAUACAAUAACAGUGAAUUAAUGGAAAUAAAAAUUAAGUGAAGAGUUAUAAAUAGCUUAUUCAUAAUUAGAUAUUACUGUAGAAAAUAGACCAAUUGAAUAAUAAUAUGAUAUUAUUGAAACUUAUGUUAAUUAAGUAUUUCAUUAAAUGGCUACAAUUAAAGUAAAAAUUAAUAAUAAAAACCAUCCUAAAAAUUACCUUUCAUAAGAACAAAGAACAUUUGAUAUUUUAUUUAAAUUACUUGAUAAAUAAGAAAGUAUGGAAUUCUUGAGUUAAGUUUGGGAUUUAAUUAAUAGAUUACCUACUAAUAUUUAAAUAAAAAAGUAAGUAGAAAAUUGUAAAGAUUGGAAAAAAUACUUAGAUCACUCUUUUUUUGAUAUGUUUUAUGUAUUAUAAAUCAUAUAAGCAUUAUUAGAAAAUGGAUAAUGGUGUGAAUAAUUUAAUAAUUCUGAUGGAGUAGAUUUGGUAACUUAAAAAUUCUUAGGUUAACAAUUACAAUUUUAAUAAAGACCACUUGAAAUUAAAUCUUGUUUAACAUAUAUAGAUAUCCUUAGUCAUUAAAAUAUAAAGAUAAGAGAGCCUCAAAUAAUUUAAUAAAUUAAAUAGAAAAUUAUAGAAAUAUUGUAAGAACUCUCUCAUUAUAUAAAAACAAAGAAAAAAUUAGAAUAAGGAUAAAAGAAAACUCAAUAAUAAAAAGAAAUGAAUGAAAUUGAAUCUCGUCUUCUUAGGAGAUCUUUUCAUUAUUUAGAUGAAUCUGGUUGUAAAUAAUAUAUCAGAUAAAAUAAUGAAUUAAAAUUAUAAUUAUAUAAUUAUUUUGUGGAACAUGAAAAUUAAGAACUUAAAAAAGAAUAUAGCAUUUAAUUAUUAAAUUUAAAGAAUACUUAAGAAAGUAAAUUAUUAAUUAAAAUAAUGCUUGAUGAAGUUUUAAAGGAUGUAAUUUUAAAUAACAAAUAAAAAUGUGAACAUCUUUUUGAAUUUUGUUGUAAUCUUUUAUUAUAGGAAAAUGAUUUAAAUAUUGAGAAAUUUGAUUUUGAACAUUUAUUAUCAUACAUCAAAUAAAUACUCUAAUAAUUACCAUAAAAUGAAAAUACUGUUAAAGAUUAAGAUUAAAUUUUAAUAGGUUUACUUAAACUUUUGAAUGUAAUUAUAGAUAAACUUCCUAAUUUAUCAAAUAAUAAUUAAUUAUUUGAAUAGAUUUUAAGUUAUUUAUUUGAAAAUGAGGGAGAAACUAAAUGUAAAUGUAAGUCUCAAUAAUCUAGAACUGCAGGAUUUAAUUGUUUAUUUACUCUUUUGAAAAACUAAUAAAAUAUGAAUAAAUUUUUAAAUAUUGUUUCUCCAUUACAUUCAACUAAUACUUGGAGAACUAAAAAUUUAAAUGAUUGGAAUAUUUAAAGUAAAUUUCAUGAAAAAUCAUCUACAGGAUAUGUAGGUUUAUAUAAUUUAGCAUGUAUUUGUUAUAUGAAUUCUUUACUUUAAUAAUUAUAUAUGGUUCCUGCUUUUAGAGAAAAAUUAUUGAAAGUAGAAGAUAAGAAUACUUGUAUUUAAGAAGAGAAUUUAUUACAUUAAUUAAAAUGUUUAUUUUUAGCAUUGAAAUAUUCACAAAAAUAAUAUCAUAAUCCUAAAAAGUUCUGUCAUGCUUUUAAAGAUUUAGAUGGUAAUCCAACAAAUAUAUUUGAAUAAAUGGAUGUUGAUGAAUUUUGUAAUUUACUUAUGGAUAGAAUUGAAUUAAAUAUUAAAUCAACAUCAGAUGAAGAUUUAGUUAAACGUUUUUUCGGUGGUGUAAUGUCAAAUGAAAUUAUUGGUAAAACAUGUCCACAUUAUUCUGAAAGAGAAGAACCCUUCUUUGCUAUAUCUCUACCUGUUGCAAAUAAAAAGAAUUUAGAAGAAUGUUUAUAAACAUUAGUACAUGGAGAUUUACUUGAAGGAGAUAAUGCUUAUAGUUGUGAGUAAUGUAAUAAGAAAGUCAGUGCUUUGAAGAGAAUGUGUAUUAAAAAAUUACCAGAUCAUCUCAUUUUAGUUUUGAAAAGAUUUAAUUUUGAUUUUGAUUUGAUGGCAAAAGCAAAAAUUAAUGAUAGAAUUGAAUUCCCCUUUGAAUUAGAUAUGUUUCCUUAUUCUUAAUAGGGAUUAAGAUAAUAAGAAAAUAGAACUAAUAAUUUGAGUGGACAAGAUAAUCCUUAAGAAUAUUAUUAAUAUAGAUUAACAGGAGUUGUAAUUCAUAUGGGUUCAGCAGAUAGUGGACAUUAUUAUUCAUUUAUUUAAGAUAAAGAUGAUUUAAGUAAAUGGUAUGAAUUCAAUGAUAUUAUUGUGACUCCUGCAGAUAUAAAAGAUCUUAAGAAUGAUGCAUUUGGUGGUGCAGAUAAAUUCUUAAAGAAUAAAUAUCCUUCUCAAUUAAAAGACAAAUCUAAAAGUGCUUAUAUGUUAUUUUAUGAAAGAAUAAAUCCUAUAAAUAUACCUGAUUAAUCAGAAAAAAUAGAUUUAGAAAUGGAUAAAAAAACAAUGUAAUUUUUAGAUGAAAUUAAAGAUGAAAACAGAAAAUUCUAAAUUCAAAGAUUUAUAUUUAGUCCAGAAUAUUUUAAUUUUAUGUAGAAUUUAAUUAAAUUCUAAUUAUAAUAACAAUAAGUUUAAGAUUAAAUUAUAAAAACAUUAGUUUUCUUUUAUUUGACAUGUGCAGUUAGAGAAAAUGAUAAAACAUUUGUAUCAAAUAAUAUUUUAGAUAUAUAAGAAUUAUUAAGAAAAUCACCUAAAACAAGUUAAUGGUUAUUAAAAUGUUUUAAUUAACCAUAAUAUAUAAAAGAAUAUUAAUUUGAUUGUUCAAAGAAAAUGGUUAGAAAAUUUGUAAUUUCUAUGAUAAUUACAGCUAUUGAUACAAUUUAAAAACAAGAAGGUUAUAAAGAUCUAUUUGAGAUGGUUGAUGAUAAACCAAAAUCAUUAGUAGCUUCUUUAAUAAAUGCUUGGAUAUUAAUGAUUCCUGAAUUAAAAAGGAGUCUAAAAAAUUCAGUAGAAUUUUAUGAUCUAUUUUAUAAAUUUGCAAAAUUGCAUUAAUCUAAUGCUUAAUAUUUAAUUUAAAAAAGAUUAGUUGGUAAAUUGCUGGAUUUAUCAAUUGAAGUAAUAUCAAUAAAUCCAAAUAAAAAUUUAAUACCUCCAAGAGAAAUAGUAAAAAGAAUGGAUGAUAUAAAAGUAAUUAAAUUCAAUGAUGAUCCAAGUAAUUAUUUAGGAUAAUAAAAUUAUUAAAAUGUUGAUGUUGCUUCAAAUUAUUAUGAUGAAUUAUUGGAAAAGAAAUUUGAAAAAUCAAUGAAUUCAGGUCCUUCAACUAGUAGAGUGUAUUUAUGGAGAGUUAUAGCUUAUUUAAUAAAAGGAGAAUAUAAAUAGUUGUUAUCUCCAGAAGAAUAAAUGUUACUUCAAUUUGAUACUUAAUUUAUUUCAAUACUUUUGGAAGAAGGAGAUUGUAAAUUAGCAAUUAGAAUGAUAUCAGAUAUUUUAUGUGCUUUAUCAAUGGAUAAUUAAAAAUAAAGUGAUAUUGUUAUUACUUCAAUCAUAAAAUAAAUAAAUGAUAAGGAAUAUAAAGAAUAUAGAAAAUAUUUAGUUGUUCUUAAAAGAUUAUUUCAAAUGAAGGAUUAACUUACUAUUACAAGAGUAUUAUAUUAUAAUAUUAAAUUUUAGAUUAAUUCAGGAAUGACUAAGUUAUUGGAUACAAUGCAAAAAUAAGGUCAAUAUUUUUUAGAAACUGAUGUUUGUUAAUAAUACAUUUUAAGAGUAUAAAAUAUAUUCUUAAAUAUUUAUAGAUGGUAUUCAAAAAUUAAGCAGUCCAUUAAUGGAUGGUCAAAAAUUAAAAAGUCUGGUAAUGGAUAAUAGAAAACAAUAAUACAUAGCCACCUCCAAAUGAUAAAUUAAUUGCCAAUAAUUCAAUUCCACAAAAAUGUUAACAUAGAUUACAUAACAUUUAUCUACCAAACACUUCUUAAGGAUAUGCAAAAUUAUUAAGUUGGAAGAAAUUAUAAUAUCUCAAUUUGCCUAAAGAACCAUUCAAAUAAAAUGAUGAUUUUGAUACUGAUGAUGAUUUGACUGAAAAAAAUAUUAAAGUUGAUGAUAAGAUUGACUUUUAGUAAAUAUUUCUUAUAUAUAAAUAUAGUGAUUAAAAUCAAUGGAUUACUGCAACAGUUAGCAAAGUGAUGGGAGAUUACAUUCAUCUAACUUUUAGUGGUAAGAUGGCUCCUUAAAAUAUGGAUAUUGAAUUAGAUAAUGAAAGACUAGCUCCAUUUAAUACUCUAUCUAACAAUAACAAAAUACCUGGUAUAUUAAAUUUCUAUUAUUAAAUUAGGGUACAAUAACCAGAGUUAUGAAAUGGUUAUUGAACAUCCAUCUGAUCAUGAUAAUGAUACAGAGGAGGGCAAUAAUAAUUCUAAUAAUUAAACUGAUUCAGAUGAAGAGUGAAA